CACAGCCGCGGCGUGUUCGAGGAGCUCCUCGCCAGGCACGAGGGCUGCCACGAGGCGCUGUUCGGCCUGGGGCGCGUCUGCGUCCUGGACCGCCAGUACGCGGAGGCGCGGGGCCACCUGGAGAGGGCUGUCGAGCUCCUGCAGGACGACGCCCUUUACCUUGCCUGGCUGGCCUGGGCGCUGCUGCUGUUGAGCUCGUCGCAGAACCUGGUGAGGUGCACGACGCUGCUGGCGCGGGCGUCGUGGGCCUGCCGCGAGGCCCUGCGGCUGGCGCCGCAGCUGGUGCUGGCGCUGCGCUGUUUGGUGCACCUGGCGGCCGCGAUGCCCGUGCACAUCCCCGGCAAGGCGAUCUCUGGCAAGUGUCUGGCCAUGCAGGCCGCGAUCGCGCAGCCCCAGGAGGGCCUGUACGUCCUCGGGCGCACGCUGCUCGGCGACGGCGCGCGCGCGGCCGCGGGCGAGGCGGCGCUGCGGGACUGCCUGGCGGAGGUGCCGAUCGAGGGCGGCGCGGAGGCCGAGGUGGCGGCCGCGAUCGCGGUGCGGCGCUGCCUGGCGCAGAUGCCGGAGGCCGCGGCGGACGCCGUCGAGGCGGUCGAGGCGGCGCAGGCGGCGGCGGCGGCGCACGGGCCGACGCCGCGGACCGUGCCAGGGCCCGGUGGCGCGGUGGCGCCCGGCGACGGGGAGCCGUGGGACGCGAGCGUGGUGUCGGUGAACUGA